AGGGGGCAAUGUAGAACUUCUUAGAAGUAUACUUAAGAACUUCUCAGAAAUACAAUAAAGAACUUCGUAGAAAUAUCAGAUGUAUUUAACAAAGAUUGGAUUAUGACUCAAACCUCGGUAAAUAUUAACUAAACUAAAAAUAAUGACAUUUUUAGAUUGAAUACAGUAAUAAAGAUUACCAAGCAUUAUAGCUUUGUUCAUUUGAAGGAAAUGGCGUCACAAUCAACUAUACAAGAUGAGCGAAUUGAAGACAUUCUUGAAUGUAAACUUUGCUUGGAGCCAUUAAAUCAGCCAAAAUCAUUGCCAUGCCAACAUUCAUUUUGUCUAAGAUGUAUUCAGGACUUAAUUCAAACAAAUGCACCAGAGCAGAGUUUACCCUGCCCUAUAUGCAGAGACAUAUGGCAGAUUCCUAAUGAGGGAGCAGAUGCCUUAAAGCCUAGUUUCCUUAUUAAUACACUUAUGGAUAUUGUCAAAAAGACGACUCAAUCUCAAUCAAGCGAUGCUAAAAGCUUCAGUUGUAAAUAUCACCCAGAUAGACCACUAGAGCUAUACUGCCAAGAUGAUAAUACACUUAUAUGUUAUAAGUGUUACGCUGACCACCACGAUGGCCACACAUUUGUUGACAUAAACAAAGCUGCAGAAAUUCAACUCAGUGACACUAACAAAACAGUUGAACAACAACUAACAUCACUUAGUGAUAUUAUUGACACAAAGGAAGAAGAGAAUGCCGAAAUCAUGACAAAAAAUGUGAGAUUAAUUGAACAGGUGAAUCUAAACCGCAAACAAGCACAUGAUGCCAUCAACAAGGAAUUUGACUCAAAGAUUAAUGAAAUCUACAAUAGGCAAGGUACACAAAUUAAAUCAAGAAUAUCUUGUGUGGAAAAGUUACAGAUCGCGAAAGCCUCCACAGAGAGCCUCCUGACACAUCUAGAUACACUGAAAAAUACAGGACACCCUACAGAAGUAAUGGAACUGUGUUUAGAUAUCAAAGAGAAUGGAUUACCAAAACCGGAAUGGGAUCAAUCACCGCCUUUUGUGCAUUUACAAUAUAAGAAAUGUGCCAUACAUCAGGACAAGAUUCUUUUUGGCAGCCUGUCUGAGGUCAUUGAGAAGAAAGGAACAAAAUCAAAUGUUCAUGAUAGAAACCAAAAUAAAGUUGGGACGACACCUCCAGGGACACAAGAAAAUGUGGUCCCUCAGCAGAUGAGUGUGGCAGAAAUGGACACUCAAAAUAUAUCUACUACAAGUUGGGAGUCUCCACAGAUGUGUGUCACAGAGUUGGAGGCUCCACGAAUAUGUAAUAUUUCUGAAAGUGACGAGAAUGUUGAACUUCAGGAAUUAUCCGGAAAUGUUUGGAACUCUUUUACUAGACCUUCGUCAUUGUCAAGCACUGACACUAACGAGAGAGGAUUCUUAAUGGACUCAAAAUGUUCCUCUAUGCACUCUCUUGGUUUGUCUCAAGACCCACCAGGUCAUUGGGCACCACAAAUGCCUGGCUUGUACAUACCUGGGUCGAAUAUGGUUGGGUCGAAUAUGGUUGAGUCAAAUAUGGUUCAGCCAAAUAUGAUGCAGUCAAAUACGGGUGGGCCAAAUAUGUAUCAGCCAAAUAUGACUAGGUCAAAUAUGGUUUAUCCAAAUAUGGCUUGGUCAAAUAUGGUUCAUCCAAAUAUGGCUGGGUCAAAUAUGGUUCAUCCAAAUAUGGCUGGGUCAAAUAUGGUUCCGCCAAAUAUGGUCAGGUCAGAUGUGCAGCAGUCAAACAUGGUUGGACCGAAUGUGCUACAGUCAAAUAUGUCUCAGUCAAAUACUAGUAUGGCAGGGUCAAAUGUGCUCCAUCCAAAUAUGGCACUGUCAAAUAUGCCUCUGCAAAUGUGUGGUUCAAAUAUGCCUCGAUCAAAUAUGGUGCCUCCAAAUAUGCCAUGGUCAAACAUGUCUGGCUCAAACUUGUACAUGCCCAGGUUGCAUUUGCAAAAUAUACAAUUGCCAGGUCCAUCCAUAAAUCAGGACAACAUGAAUCAAGAACAAAACAAUAAUAUCCAAUGAUCAAGGGAUACAGUUCCAACUUAACAAAUAGCAGGUAUCUAUCAUUUGUGAUCUGUUAUUUGACAUGAUUAUGUACAGAUAAUCUAGAAUAUGCAUAAUUUGAAGAUA